AGGACAUUACUGACCCAUGAGACGAAUAAAUAGAAACAGCUCGAGUUGAGUUUAAAGUCAGCCGCCAAUCAAAUCAUCAGAAGUAGAAGCAGAAUCUAGAGUUGGACAGAUUUACUCUUGUUCAACCGAAUAAAACAUCAUCAUGAUCAACUGGAAGGCUCUGGAUAAUGUGCCGCUGCUGCUGUACAUCCUGGCACUGAAGACGCUCGUGUUGUGUUUGGCGUUUGCUGGAGCCAAGAUCUACCAGAGUAAGAAAGCAGAAGCUGCUCUGAAACAGGAGAGGGAGAUGAAGAGGAAACUCGCUCUGCAAACGCAGGAGCUCAUCGAUAACAAGAAGGACGACUGACGUGUGGAGAAAACAGGGGAAUAAACGUGUGAUUGACAGAACGUGAGCAGAGCAAUGACAGUGUCUUUAACUCUAAAAAGGGUUAAACAAAAAGAGACAUCACUAAUUUAUUGCAUCCAAUACAAUUUCCUGAUUUAUUUUUAAAACUUGACUCUUAUAUUUGUAUCCCCCAUGAUACGUCGCUCCUUUUAGGGUAAAUGCGGUGUUUGUGACGUUUGGAUUCAGAUGUUGAAGCAAAAGCCUCGGCAACUUGGACUGCUGCACAAGUCUUGCUUUUUAUACACCGUUUUUAUUUAUUCUCUCUGAAGCUUGUAAAUAAACUUGUUUUUGUAUCCAGU